AUGGCCCCUCGUUCUCAGUCAAAUGUCGACUUCACUGACGUCCCAAUUCCAACGACAACGCCUAGACCUCCUCCUCAUUCCGGUACAAUGAUCCGUCGAGCAAAAACACUCACUCGCCCAGAGCGAAGUGUUGCCCCAGUUCCUCUCAUCAACCCCCAGUCGACAUCCUCAUCAUCAACUCCUUCACCCGACGCUUACAACGGUUCCGACGCAUGGAGAAUAUUUUCUCGUAUUGUCACUUUCUGGGCCCCAGGAUUCCUGCUAAGUUCAGUAGGAGGUUUGAGGGACAAGUCAAAGCAGCAGGCGUGGAGAGAGAAGAUUACUUUGUGUUUCAUCAUCCUCAUCCUUUGUGGUUUGGUAGGAUUCGCUACCGUUGGCACACAAAAGGUCCUUUGUCCCCAGAUAGCUUCAAACAAUAAGCGGUUCUCAAGUAUUGGGUCAACACCUGGCACCUUGAGUGUGCGAGGACAGAUGUACAACAUCUCAUCGGCUAAAUCCAGUUCUGUCAAUUUCGUCAGCAUCGCGCAGGCAUCUCCAGGCCGCGACAUCUCGGAUUUUUUCAAAAGCACCGCUACAGAUUAUCGGUCAUGUCAAGGCCUUUCCUUCAAUGUCGCCCGAGACGAUCCGUGCUCGAAAUUCUCCCCUUGUGUCUUUCCCAGUCUUGCCACCUCGAGCCUUUCAAGUCUUGGUUUCGUAGACAGUGGCUUCGCAGUUGGUUACGACUGGGAACAGGUAGCUGCGCUACAGGAUUAUUUCGUCAUCGACGGUGCAGUACUCAACAUGACCAGUUACAUGCUCCAACAUCCCACCGCUAUCCCAAAAGACAAUGUAGAUGCCGCUAUACGCACGUUGUUGCGUUCCGGCUCAUCCAGCGGCAAAGAUGGAACCCGUUUGUUUUAUAACCGCGCCGACCUUAAAUCUGCUGUUCCUUGCCUGAAACAGCGUUAUGUAGCAGGAAACAUUGACAAAAUCACACCAGGGUGUUUCGUCUCGUCACUACUGCUCUACAUUGGAUUAUUUGUCAUCUUAGGCCUUGUGAUAUUGCGAUUUGCUAUGGCCUGCGUCUUCAAUUGGUUCCUCUCUGAACGACUUUCGGGGCCUCCGGACAGCAAGGAGCUCGAUCGUCAGGCUAUCAGUCCUGCAGUUAUGCCGGAAGGAGCGAAUCUUUCCAUCGACAACAAAAUUGGCACAGCUCCUUGGGCCGGAGGUGGGGUAUCCAGGAAGUUGACAAAGGGUGCUAACAAGUCUGCCCGUUCACUUGCGUCAUCAACGACCCUCACAUCUCCUUCAACCGAACCUACGUCUGUAGUGAACCUCGCUUCCAUUGGGCGUGAACUCUUCGCUGUCUGUCUGGUCACAUGUUAUUCAGAGGGCGAAACAUCGUUACGAACAACAUUGGAUUCUAUAUCGCUAACCACCUACAGCGACAGGAGGAAGCUUCUAUUCGUUGUCGCUGAUGGUAUGAUUACUGGAGCUGGAGAGAAGAUGAGCACACCAGAUAUUUGCGUUGGACUGUUGGAAGCAGACCCUCGGUUUGGCGACCCCAUUCCUAUGAUAUACGAAGCUGUUGGGUCGGGGUCAAAGUCUCAGAAUCGGGCGAUGGUGUAUGCCGGUCAUUACACUCUCGCUGGUCGUCGUACCCCUACCGUCAUAAUCGUCAAAUGCGGAACAGAGAGCGAGGCUGCAACCGACAAGAAACCGGGAAAUCGUGGGAAGCGGGACAGCCAGCUCAUCUUGAUGAAUUUUUUCUCUCGGGUUACCUAUAACGAUCGCAUGACGCCACUCGAUUUCGACUUAUUCAGGAAAAUACACGUCCUGAUGGGGGUGACUCCCGAUUUUUUUGAAGUUUGUCUUAUGGUCGAUGCUGACACUAAGGUUUUCCCUGAUUCUCUGGGUUACCUAGUGAAUUGCAUGCACCAUGAUCACAUGAUAAUGGGAGUCUGUGGCGAAACUCGUAUUGCCAAUAAGCGACAAUCUUGGGUCACUGCUAUCCAGGUUUUUGAAUACUUCAUCUCCCAUCAUCUUGCGAAGGCAUUCGAGUCGGUAUUUGGUGGUGUAACUUGCCUUCCAGGAUGCUUCUCCAUGUUCAGACUCAAAGCACGAAGGACGACAGGCGACGAUUGGGUCCCUUUGAUCGUCAAACCUGAGAUAGUGAAGGAAUACAGCCAGAGCGAAGUCACAACUCUACACCAAAAAAAUCUUCUUCUUCUUGGAGAAGACCGUUUCCUUACUACCAUCAUGCUACGGACCUUCCCCAACCGAAAAAUGAUGUUUGUGCCCCAAGCAAGAUGUCGAACUGUCGUUCCUGAUACAUUCAAGGUGUUACUAUCGCAGAGACGACGCUGGAUCAACUCCACGAUACACAAUCUAAUGGAACUCGUCCUUGUCCGCAACCUCUGCGGUACCUUCUGCUUCAGCAUGCAGUUCGUCGUGUUCAUGGAUCUGUUGGGUACUGUAGUACUUCCCAUUGCUAUCGCGCUGACAUACUCGCUCAUCGUGAGCAUGGCAUUUGAUCCUCCAAAGACCUUCGAGCAAGCGAUUCCCCUUAUUCUCCUGAUCGCCGUCCUCGGUCUUCCUGCCAUCUUAAUUAUGCUGACAACAGGCAAAGUAGUCUACGUACUUUGGAUGUUCAUUUAUCUCCUCGCGCUACCGGUGUGGAACUGUAUCCUUCCUUUGUACUCGUUCUGGCACUUCGAUGACUUUUCGUGGGGAGAGACUAGAAAAGUGGAAGGCGAGGGAAAAGGAGAUUCUCAUGGUGUGCCAGGUGGAAAAUUUAACGGUCCCGCCGUAUCAAUGCGGCGAUGGGAAGACUGGGAACGGUCUAGAUUACGCAAGAUUCGUCGCGAAGAAAGACGUCGAAAGGAGUUCGAACGUGCACAUGGCCAAGGGUUCUACUCCGGAGAUGAGCUCCUCAGCGUUACGGAUAUCAGGAGUCAGUACGACGGCUCAGAUUCCUAUUCUGUCACAUCUUCGGAAGAAGAUCAAUGGGGUGGGCAAAUUGGUGGAUACAACGAGCACAACACCCAAUUUCCUCCUCCGCCUGUCGCUCUCAUACCAGAAACCCAAGAUUUCCAUGGCGGCAAGACUCUUGAUGGGUUAGAGUUAGAAGCCAUGCUGGAGAUGGGCUUUGAUGAUGAUCGACCGUCUCCAACUGGUAGCCCUCGUAGCCCCCGAUAUCAGCGCGCCAAUAAUGAAUCUACGACUCAGUUAGCCCCUGGAAAUGAAUAUCUCUACGCACGCCCGGCAUCUCCAACUGCUCAACCAUUUAUAAAUCACAGUAGUUCUACUCUCUUUUCACCGACAACGCCCACGACCCCCAUGAGCACGGCUUACGGGGCGUCGACCACCGAUCCCGGCAGGCAAAGGGAAGGUUAUGGUCCGUUGGGCCCUCUAGACCCUUCUACAUACUGA